AUGCGCUCGCCCAGCCCGUCCACAGCAGGAACUCCUGCGCGCGGCCGCCGGGGGCUCCGUACCGUGGGCGCCACUGCUGCCCAAACCUCCGCUGGAGGCUGGGAGGGAGUGGCCAGAGUGGACCACUGUGAGGUGGCUGGGGCAGAGGCUGCAGCCGAGGGUGCUCUGGACAGUGACCUGCUGCACCAGUGGGAAAAGAGUCUCACCAUUGCUGUCCAGUCAUCCCACAGACUGGAGCUGGUCAUCCUCAGCUAUGACCUGACCUGGCGCAGAGGGAAGGCCACUGACAUCUCCAAGGUGCAGGAGACUAUAAAGGGCAGGGCGGAGGGUGUCCAGGCACAACCAGACUCCCCAGUGCCAGCACGAGAUAAUAAGACUCUCCUGUCCAGGAGCCUUGGGACCCUCCAGCCAGAAGCCAUGCUGCUGUGGCUGACCCUCGCCCUCCUGUGGAGCACCACCUGCUGGGCAGAGCAGACUUAUGGGCUUGGAGGAGGCAAGUAUUUCAGUACCGCUCCAGACUAUCACAACGACGUCACCGGGAUUCGGGUGUCUGUAGCGCCUGCCUUGGGCCUGAUUAAGAACAUCCAGCUGAGACGUGGAUCCUCCUGGACUGUAAGACACGGUGAAGAAGGCGGGAAGGUCCAGGAAUUCCUGCUGCGGCCAGGCGAACACAUUAUAGCCGUCCACGGCUCGUACAAGGGUUACCUCCGGUACCUGGUCGUACACACCGACCAAGGGCGCUUGGCCUCAUUUGGGCAGGCAGAGGGCAACACCUUCUCUGCCUACCCAGACCAGCAGUGGCAGGUGCUCACGGGAGUCUUUGGCCACCAUAAGCUCCUCGGCCUCACGAGCAUCGGCUUUCAGUGGGAGGAGCCUCGGGUCUCGGGGUUGACCAAUGCACAAGCAAGGGCAAACCCACAGCCAGAGAAAUGAGUGCCUCUGGGUCCCCAGGGAUGGGGCACAGGUCACUCUGCUGAGCCAGUCUCACUGGUGUUGGGCUGAUGGCACUAGGGUGUCUGAGUCGGGUCCUGAAUAAGAAUCCGCCAAUAAAUGAAGCUUCUGCAGGAA